UCACCGGCGCUUAUCCUGUUCGUAGUAGAACGCGCUUUAACGUAACUGGAUUGAAACGUAAAUUAUCUAAAAGUAUGAAACUAUGGGACCAAAUAAAAUGUUACCUCAGCGAUUGCUUGACUAUUAUGAUCGACAACUAUACAGUUACUAUGAUAGUCGUGAUGAUGCUACUCAGUCUGUUUAUACCAUUUGUUGCAAAAGCUAUUCAUGAUUCCUCGGAGACGAAAUCGUUAAGGAAAAUUGUCAAUGCUAUCACGAGAGAGGUAGCUCAAGCGCAAACCGACUACGAAGAGGUAGUUGGUGAAUAUAGUCUUCUCCAACACUCCAGACACGAUGUUGAAACAACAACUAAAAACAACUUACAUUAUUGCGAAAGUUGUCAACGUAUGUUAAAGUCACAAGGUGUACAGUCGGAGGCAAAGAAAAAUAUCAUACAACGCUUACUUCGGUCAAUUAAAUGCAUCCCGGAACCAAAACUUCCACGUCUAGAAUAUAAAAAGAAAAACUAA